AAAAAAAGAAGGGAAAAAAAAUAGAGCAGACGUUAUAAACUCCCUCAUAAGAGAGUUUACCUCGGUAACGUACGGCCGCAGCGGAGCUCCUCUCAGCCGGACGCGACUCGGUCCAAACGGAGAAAACGGAGAAAUAACCGAGGAUUAACGAAGAUACGGGGUGGGAAAAUUAAAAAAACAAAAAAAAAAAAAAACGGAUUACCCACUCACCGGAGAAAGGGAAAACAAGCGACGCUUCGCGGACGAGGGAGGAUGAGCUGACCGUUGGUGGAAGUUGGAAGCGGCGCGAGGAGGUGGAGGACGCGGACACGGACGGACCUCCACCACCCGGGCCCUGGGCGAACUGGGGGGGGGGGUUUAAACUUCGCCAUCGAUGCUGUUUUAACACGGAUUUAUAAAAAAAAAAGGCACCCCGCUCAUUUUUAUAAUUCAUUUAGCUCGUUUUUCCUCCUCCUCCACUACUCACUCACUUGUUCGCCGGGGCUGUACUAGCGCUAAGAUUUUGUCGCGAGAGCCGAUGCCAGCGGCAGACUGCAGGCUGCUCCAUCAUGGCCGGAUCAUGAGGUGUCUCACGUACCUCCUCCUGCUUCCAGAAACCCUAAAAAAGUCCACGAAGGUCGGCAGGCUGCCGGUAUGUUAUGAGAUUCUGACUCUGUCCCUGUCGAGCAAGAAGAAGAAGAAGCAGCAGCCGCCUCCUCCUCCUCCUCCGCAGCAGCAGCAGCAACAGCAGAAGAAGAAGGAGAAGAUGGCUGCGGAGUUGUACCCCACUAACACCACCAACACCACCACUAACCUGGCCAAUGGCACUACGGUAGCGGACACGGAGAAGACCAAGGAGGUGCAGGUGUGCCAGGCCAGCAGCAGCAGCAGCAGCAGCAGCACCGCGACCACCCCGACCACCCAGCAGAACAUCAACAACAACAACGUGGACCCACCCAGCUGGCAGUGCAGCCACCCGACACUCAGAGAGAGGAAUGCCUUGAUGUUUAACAAUGAGCUGAUGGCCGACGUCCACUUCAUUGUCGGUCCCCUGGGGGGGUCGCAGAAGGUCCCCGCACACAAGUAUGUGCUGGCCGUGGGAAGCUCCGUCUUCUGUGCCAUGUUUUACGGCGAUCUGGCGGAGGAGGAGUCUGAGAUCCAUAUCCCAGAUGUGGAACCUGCUGCUUUUCUAAUUCUGCUGAAGUACAUGUACAGCGACGAGAUCGACCUGGAGGCGGACACGGUGCUGGCCACCCUGUACGCCGCCAAGAAGUACAUCGUCCCCGCCCUGGCCAAGGCCUGCGUCACCUUCCUGGAGACGAGCCUGGAGGCCAAGAACGCCUGCGUGCUGCUGUCCCAGAGCCGCCUGUUCGAGGAGCCCGAGCUGACGCAGCGCUGCUGGGAGGUGAUCGACGCCCAGGCCGAGCUGGCGCUGCGCUCCGAGGGCUUCUGCGAGAUCGACCUGCAGACGCUGGACAUCAUCCUGAGGCGGGAGACCCUCAACGCCAAGGAGGUGGUCGUGUUCGAGGCGGUCAUGAACUGGGCCGCGGCGGAAUGCAAGAGACAAGGUUUGGGCGCCACCACCCGCAAUAAGCGAGACGUCCUGGGCAAGGCGCUGUUCUUGGUUCGCAUCCCGUCGAUGAGCCUGGAGGAGUUCGCCGACGGGGCGGCGCAGUCCGACAUCCUGACACUGGAGGAGACGCACAACGUGUUCCUGUGGUACACGGCGGCUAAGAAGCCCCAGCUGGACUUCCCUCUGACGGCGAGGACGGGCCUGGCGCCUCAGCGCUGCCACCGCUUCCAGUCCUCGGCGUACCGGAGCAACCAGUGGCGCUACCGGGGCCGGUGCGACAGCAUCCAGUUCGCGGUGGACAAGAGGAUCUUUAUCGCCGGCUUGGGCCUGUACGGAUCGAGCGGCGGCAAGGCCGAGUACAGCGUCAAGAUCGAGCUCAAGAGACAGGGGGUGACGCUGGCGCAGAACCUGACAAAGUUCGUGUCGGACGGGUCGAGCAGCACGUUCCCGGUGUGGUUCGAGCACCCGGUUCAGGUGGAGCAGGACGCCUUCUACACCGUCAGCGCCGUGCUGGACGGGAACGAGCUCAGCUACUUUGGGCAGGAGGGCAUGACGGAGGUGCAGUGCGGGAAGGUGACGUUUCAGUUCCAGUGCUCGUCCGACAGCACCAACGGGACGGGGGUCCAGGGAGGACAGAUCCCCGAGCUCGUCUUCUACGCGUGAGCUGCUCCCGGACUAUAUGAUAUUAGGUUUUAUUCUCGCCCUCCCAGCCUUCAAAAGUAAUGUAGCAUUAAAAGACACUAAAAUGGCCUGGUUAGUUCUUCAAAGGACUUAUUUUAAAAAAAAAAAAAAAAAAAAAGCAAAGGAGCUGUUGUUUUAUUUAAUUUAAUGUUAUUUUUUUAUUUAAAUGCUGAUUUAACGUUAUUUGCUCUUGACGCUCGCGCUGCUGUAGAAACAACAUUAACACGGCGGUGAUCUGUGGUUACGUAAUCAAGCUGAGCUCCACAACUGGAACGAGUCGCGGCUGCUUCAUAUUGUGCGAGUCUAUAAAACAAUGUUGUUGCUAAAGUCCAAGCGGCAGCAGGAGCAGAACUUUAUGUAGUGUUUAUGAUUAGAUUAAAACAAAAACGUAGAAACCUUGUCAGAGAAAGUCGUUUUGCACUUGAGAGGACGGCCUCGGAAACGUUGUGUCUUUUUUUUUUUUUGUAAAAUAUGAUUUAACUGUUAACAGCUGGAUGCCGUUAAAGAGCAGAUGUAUUCUGUACGAGGAUGCUUAUACACCUGACGAUGAAACAUAAAGGAUAUAAUGUGAUGGAAGCCA